CUCGUAUCAAAUCACAAGCGUCGCUGAGUGAUCGCACGCAUCGGGGAACACGACUGCUCCGUCUCGACCUGGAAACACAACGUCCCUUUCUUGCAGCUGCCCUUCAUCAACGUGUCCGGCUAUCACAUGAGCGCUCCGCAAGUCUCACAAUAGUCCGGAACCGCGCAAGUUGUACCAUUGUCCAUGGCUGUCGCGACCACGUCACCUCCUCGACGCUACUCUGCAUUGCCAUUUGGAGCUGGGAUGAAUCACACUCCACAGCCUCGGGUGAUACUACGACCCACUUCUGUCGCUUCGGCCCUCACCACUCUGUCAGAUUCUGCCUCAACGACCUCGUCGGACACAACAGUAAGUCGCAGCAGCGUAGAGACACUUCAGGGUUCAGAAUCGGCAAGGAAUAAGUCGGGAGCCUCCCUACCACGACGUCAACCCCGGUCGUCAGGAGGCUCAAUACGUCGUCGAAACUUUCAAUCUCACUACGUUGUCGAGGAAGAAGAGGAGGAAUCCGAUCUCACCUCUGCAAGUGGAUCUGUCAGUGGCGAUGACGCUUCCAACGUGGGCGAAGAUGGUGGACUCGCAUUUGAAGGCUACGUUAUGGCUCUUCACGACUUCACCUCGGACAAUCCAGACUGUCUCUCCUUUCGCGCUAACCAGGUCAUCAAGGUCCACAAUCGCGAUGCGUCGGGUUGGUGGGAUGGAGAGCUUGAUGGGGAGCGCGGAUGGUUCCCAAGCAACUACGUAGAUGACUCGGGCCUCAGCAUGUCGUCUAUGUAUGACGACGGCGAAGUGGAUUCCCUCGACGAUCCAGUCGUCUAUCAUAGUAAGCUGGAGAGUGAGGAGCGACGCUUGGCAAGCACGCGACAACACGCUGCAAGCGAAGAACCUUUGACGCCCACGAGAGGUGGGUUCCGUCGUCACACAAACGGGAAAGCACCCAGGGAUGAGAACAAGCGCAAAAGUCUUGAGGUCUUGCAACCGAUCCGGCAUUCCAUCGGACUCCUUCAAAGUGCCGUUCGAGCCGCAAGAUGGGCUCACUUUCAACCUGCCACUGCCUGCGUCAUCUCCUCAGUACGCACCGUCCUCUCUGAAACAGAUUGUCUGACUCGUGAAUCAGCUACACUUCGUAAAUAUCCUGGGCUAGCCAGGGAGCGCAAAGCAGUUCUGUCGGAGCUCAGUCGUCUGGUGACCCAGUCAAGAAGGGCUUCAGCAUCGGAAGGAAGAGAAGAACCCUUGGAAGAAGAGAUGGAAGCGAUGCUGAGGUACGCCUUCAACGUUCUUGCCAACACCCGGACCUUCUUGGCAGCAGCUGCUGCUUGCGGAGCUGCUCUUCCCGUCGCUGCGAAGAGGACUUCGUAUGGCUCAGUUCCCGCUCGCGUCUUGGCCGAGAAGCCUGGGUCGGAGAGUGAUCGCACACCCACCCCUGGCUCACUGAGAUCUCCUAAUCUCAUUGCAAUCAGAGGCGCUGCUCGCACCCACAGUUCGUUGGCGAGGGCUACCGAGUCGGAAGACUCGCAGAUGGUGCCCCCGGACGAGCCGUACGAAUCCGACCCAGAAGAGGAGCCGUCCCAACUGGAUACCGAGGACGAAGAAAAGUCUGGAGCAGCGUCUGUAGAUUACGCAGAUAGCUCGGCGUCUCCAAGCGAAUUUCGAUACCGCAGUGACUCCUACGUCAGCACAUCGGAUGAGUCCAGCGCGAGUGGUCGCAUUCGAGCUGAGGACCACUCGACAGAGUGUGAAGCUGCUGGUCAUGGCGCGGAAGGUAAACUCGAACAGACUCGGGACGAGAUCUUCAACCGGGCGACAAGGCUCCAUGACCAUCUUGUCUCUGUUAUCGGAGCCUUCAUUGGCCAUCUACAUGCACAGGCUCUCAACGGCCCACAGAUAAGCUCGCUCUUCCUAUUCGAUCUGACACAAGAAGUCGUGUCCUCUGUACUGAACCUCCUCAUGGUCGUGGAGAACAUCCAAGGCAACGCUCUACUGCAGGAUCAGGUCUCUGAGAAGAUUACCAUCCUGGGUGAAUCGAGAGACCGCCUACGUGAGAGCACAUCGGUAUUGGUCGCCGCUUGUCGUCCUACGAAUCAGGGUCCCGUGAAGUCAUCAAGUGCCAGCAUAAAAUCCACAGCCACCAUUGAGGGUGAGGUAGAGACCCGACAACUGCUCGGCAUCGCUACCAAGAUGGUCACUUCAGCCCAGCACUGUUUGUCGGCACUCAGAGACUGCCUGCGCGAGGUACCAGAGACUUUCUCCCUUUCGCUCUCGAUGCCUUCGAGGGCCGAAGCGCGACGAGACGCCAAAGUAGAAGCCCGCAGGCUCGAGGAACAGGAUGGGAUGAAGACGGCGGUCGAAAAGGGCGAUCAGAUCUCGCCCAGCAAGAAGGUCGCAAUAGCCUCUGAGUCUCCCAUACCCGCUUCAGAUCCGAAGCCUGCUCCGAAGCGACGAGGCCCUGGUAGCGAGUCGCUUUCGCAGCAAGAGCGAGAGGCGUAUGCACAAGCAUGCCUGGAAGAGCGUUACGCCAUCGCAACUCCAGAUCUUCGCUCUUCUUCUACCACAGACGACGACGACACCGGCGAUGACUCCGAGGUUGAGGACAAGACUCUCUCGACUGACGGCGUGUACGACGAGGCAGGCCAAUCUCUGCAGCCAGGCAAACGACUCUCAUUGAGCCAAAGGAGAGGUCAGACAGCUCCUCACAUCUUGCGCACCGAGCGCAACGAACCUCGACUUCGCUCUUUGGCAGAAGAAUGUGACUCCAGCUCUACUCAGGAGGCUCUCAGCAGCUACCAGUCCAGCGCUGCAACUAGCGACUCAGGCGAUGAGCCGUCCCGCCACCUGUACCCAGGCGACUCCCGGUAUUCAUCCAGUACCAAUCGCUCGGACUCCACCAAGGGCACGUCUGUUCACCAAUCCCUGAGCAAUAAAGACAGUGUCGCUAGUCUUUCUGGGUCUGCGAAGAGCCAAGAUGCUCUCCUGUCUGUCACUAAAUUACGAUCGAUGUCGCUCACCACCGGCGGUAGCGAUAAGGAAGCGCUAAAGAGGAUCCAUUCCGCAAGCGAUGCGAGCUUCUUUGCGCCAGACUACAAAGCAGAGGACAUAUGCUUCAAUGCUGAUGGUCAGGUCACUGGUGCUACUCUUCCUGCUCUGAUCGAACGGAUGACACCUCAUGCAUCAAUGGUCUCAGCGGACUUCUCGACGCCAUUCUUCCUGUGCUUCAGGGUCUUUGCCUCUCCCGAGACGAUGUUUGAUGCCCUGCUGACACGUUUUAACAUAUCAGCACCCGUCUCCGUGCUCAAUGAUGCCGAAGCCUUGAAGGACUGGAGGAGCACCAAGCUUCUGCCGAUCCGACUGCGAGUUCUCAAUGUCUUCCGAAUGUGGCUCGAGCUCCAUUGGCAACCUGUCACCGAUCGCUGCAUCCUUGAAUCCCUGAUCACCUUCCUUCGAGGCUUGACGACUCCUUCCUUGGCUCUGCCCUCUCAACGACUGCUCGAGUUGGCGACGAGGAGACUUUCCUGCAAAGACGGCAAGACCACUGUCCUGACGGCUGGUGCCAAUCGCGGUCCGGGUAGCCUCAAGAGGAUCGUGUCUGGUGAAAAGCUGCGUGGCAAAAUGAAGGAGUAUGGGUACAUUGACAUCUCUUCAAUGUACCUGCCUGCAGCCUUCGCACAGGGAAUGACACCCAUGCCGCCGGCGCCAGUCGUCUCAAAGAGUCUGCUGCUCACGUUGAAGAUGUUGCCUCCCGGAAUCCACUUCAACGUUUUGGAGAUGAAUCCACUGGAGCUGGCUCGCCAGUUGACCAUCAUGGAAAGCAAAAUCUUCUGUUGCAUCCUUCCAGAAGAGCUUGUGGGUCAAUCAGACCUCUUCAAGAAGGCCAUUCCCCAAGGUGCAAAGCACGUCAAGCAAAUGAGUGCCCUCACGACGCAAAUCACGGGAUGGAUUGCCGAGUGCAUCUUGGACGAAGCGGACGUCAAGAAGCGUGCGCAGUUGGUCAAGUACUUUAUCAAGCUUGGUAAUCGAUGUCUGCUCUUGAACAACUUCAAUGCGCUCUUCGCUAUUCAAAGUGCCCUCAAUGCUUCGACAAUUGGGCGUCUGCGGAAAACCUGGGACCUUGUACCAAGCAAGUACAUGGCCAUGAUGGAGGAGCAGAGCAACCUCAUCGAGCAUACCCGCAACUUCUCCGCCUACCGUGCCCGCUUGCGGGCAGCCACUGCGCCAGCCCUCCCCUUUGUGGGUCUCUUCCUGACGGACAUCACCUUCUGUCACCAGGGCAAUGGAGCUACCCGUCCCUCCCCACUGGACAAGACGAAACAGCUGAUCAACUUUGACAAGUAUGCAAAAGAUGCCAAGAUCGUGCAGGGCCUGCAGCGCUUUCAAGUCCCUUUCAACCUCCUCGAGGUCCCUGAGAUCCAGAAUGCCCUCACGCAGGUGCUGAGUGGGAAAGCUGCUGGUCAGAGUUCGCGUCCGAGGGGACCGGAGGAGCUGUACAAGCGCAGCUUGUUUCUGGAGCCGAGGAAGGAUUCGACGGCGGGUGCAGCGCCAGUGAGCACUACAUCUGGAUGGUGGAAGGUCGAGUAGCGGGCUUGACCUUGACCACACGUGGAAGAGAGAUUAUGCGAAUAGACGCGGAGAUGGGAAGGAGAUAGGGGUUGAAAGAUACACAGAUAGAACAAUCAUUUGCAUACCCCACCUGCCUGCCUCAUACCCCCUACACACAAGCA